AUGAUUUCGCCCCGAAGCCAAGCUGCAUCUGAAGUCGCUGCGCCGGAACUCCCUCCAUCGGUUCUCGAUAGCCUUGAGGCGCACCUGAACAACUUCAAUCAUGCAGUCCUCGCUAAUAGUCGCGGAUUAACUGCUACUUGCGCAAAUCUCUACCAGAACCUCCUGAGACUCGAACAUCUUGCAGCAGCCCAGCCCUUCAACCUCGACGUCUGUCAUCUACGAAUGCGCUUGGCCGAGCAAGUCGUCAAAGUCCUCCUUCACACAGCAGAUCGGUUCACCUUACACUCUACACCAAGCAAACCCAAGCUUGAGAAAGCUGCAAAUCUCUGGGGGUUCGACAAGGCAUUCCUACUCUUCCUCGUCGCCUUUGACCACAACCAGCACGGCCAGAAGUUUUUCGUCGAGCUGCUUAAGCUUGCUGAAGAUUGUCCCAACCCUGGGCGUGCCCUUCAGCUUUUGAGAUAUUGUGCCGAUGAGAGAAGAGCUUCAGGUCGUUCCGGCACCCUAAAGCAGAGAGGUCUGUCCACCGACCAGCGCGGUAUUGUUCUUUUCGACGUCAAAAGUGCAAGUUCUCGCAUCCACAAAGCUCCAUCACAGAAUCUCGUCCUCGAGGACAAAGACAAAACCCAAGACUCAGACGACUCAAACGACGACGGCAGCAACAAUAAUAAUCAUCAGCGCCCUCCCAAGCCAGUAGCUCAAGAAGAACAAGUCGGAUCAUUAGCCAUCGCUGAAGAACAGUCCUUGCCGUUACUAUCUUCAUCCCCAUUCUCUACAGCAACCCAGUCCCAGUCGGUUACAGGAUCCGACACCCAAAACCACCUAGGAUUUGGCAGUAAGGAUAACUCACCUGAAGGCUCGCCUGAGGAAAGCAGACAUCUUAAUUCCACCCACGACCUCGUUCUCCAUAGCCCAACUCCCCUCAAGAAUCACAAUCUCGAUAAUGGAAACAACGACAAGCAUGCUUCCUUCCUCUCACUAAACAACAAUUUAGCCAACGCCAACGAUAAUAACGACAGCCUAUUUUCUCAACUUCAUAACAGUGACGUCGAGGACGACUACGGGCACUAUUUGUUCCUUCAACCAAACAGUCCCGGUCAAGAGACUGACCACAACUGCUCAGCUUUGAAGCUAGCCACAAAUGUUGCCCCAAGUCUUAGCUUGCAUCUAGAAUCAGCCAGCAGCCAACUUGAACUCAACGCCAUAGAUCCGGCCACCACAGACGCAGACUACGGCAGCUGGCCACCAGAGAUGAUCCCCAGUCUUACGAUUCGCCAGGCGAAGGUCAAGUAA